UUCCCGUCGGCGGGGACACGCAUGCGUACUUUAUUUUUCAGUUGUAACUCGAAAAUGGCGUCAGCCAAGUCUCUCGAGGAAAUGCUAACUACAGAUGUGGACGAGUCAGUAGUAAGCGAACUGGUAGGCUCUUUGGAGUCGCAGCUUUCAUCAUCGGGGAUUCACACUCCAAACCAAGAGCUCAAUGUAAGCUCGGCGUCUACUAAUCACGUCAACAGUGUACCAGUUUCAGAUGGUCUCCAGCGCCUGCAACACGACGGACAAAAACACGCUGUGGCCGCAGCGCUGGCAAAUUCAUGCCCGAGCAUCGUGGUGUCCAAUUUGGGCAAGACUAUCGCCACCACUUCGCACAUCGUCGGAGUGAGCAGUUGCGCAUCGUCGGCAGCUAGUUCGACGAACACAGUGAUGGUCACCCUGCCUGGCGCUCUCCCAGCCAGCGGCUACAUCAAUCAAGUAACUGGCACGGCACAGCAGGCCCUGCUCAACACAUCGCUCGUGAGGCCCAUCAACAACUCGGACAUCAAGAUCGUGUACUCGCCGCAGGGACACUUCAACGCGGCCAACCUGGCGGCCGUCAACAACGCUGUUCUUCAGCAGCGGGGCAACGUCAAGAUCCAGGGGGUCCCCAACGGAAGCACGACCAUCCGCUCCGCCCCGCAUACUCCGGCCACGACUCCGGGCCUCAGUGCCAUCCACAACCUGGCCAACGUGGCUGCGCAGCAGGCACCUUUGAUAAUCAGCCAGCCAGCCAAGCCGCGGCUCGUGCUCGAUCCCAAGGACCCCAAGGGGGGCUUCAAGCCGCAGAUCUUGAUCAAGCAGGAGUCCCCCCAGCCGACCACGGUGGCAGCGCAGGAGUUCCUGCGCUGCUCGUCGCCGGGCGUCAUCCAAACGUCCAAACCCGGCUCGCAGCCCGUCAACGUGGUCACCCAGGUGAUGUCGAGCCCGAGCAUCCUGCCUCCCGGGGUGCAAAUCGUCAACGUGAAUCCGGCUAGGCCGGGGAGCGCCGGCCUCGCCGGGCAGAAGACCUUGGCCCCCCGUGUGAUCAUCGGCAGUCCCAUGCGGCUCGCGCCCCAGAUGCUGGCCACCAGGCCCGGGGCGCCCUCCGUGCAGAGGUACCGCUACCAUAGGCCUCCCGAACCCGACAACACGAUCACCCUGCAACCUGGCAUGAUGAGGGGCACUCUGUUGGUGAAAACAGAGAACGGCCAGCUUCAGGUGGUCAACGUAGCACCAAGCCUGCCACCCAAUUCCUCUGCCACAAGUAUCUCGGGUGCCCCAACCUACCGGUUGCAGUCUGUACAGAAUUGCAGACACCAAACCCCUCUUGCGCGUCGUACCCAUAUUCACGAGCACAUGAAGCAGCAGAACCUCGGAGCCCAACCUGUUCAGCAGCUUCAGGGAAGGAAGCGAGCGGCUUCUUUCUUGCCCCAGGGCAACACCAGCACCACCCAGAUGGUGGGCACAGUUCUGCAGCAGGGCCAGCCAGGGAUCAACAUUGUGCCCACGGUUGCCAGCAGCACCCCAAUUCAGACCAUGGGCCAGCCAAUGGCACCGCAGACUGUCACUGUCAAAGUGGCAACUACAACCAGCACAUCAGUAACGCAGCCCCUGUCCAUUCAGACCACAGUAGCCAACAGCCAGUCUGCUGCUACUACUCCAUCUCAGAUGUCGCCAAACACUGCCAAGAAAAAAUGCAAGAACUUCUUGUCCACGUUGAUACGACUGGCCAGCGACCAGCCCGAACAAGUGGCAUCGAACGUCAAGGGCCUCAUUCAAGGGCUCAUUGAUGGAACAAUUCAGCCUGAAGACUUCACGAACCAGCUUCAGAAAGAGCUUAACUCUUCACCACAGCCAUGCCUUGUACCUUUUCUAAAAAAAAGCCUUCCAUACUUGCGGCACUCCCUGAUGACCAAGGAGCUGACUAUUGAAGGGGUGCGGCCGCCUCCACAGGGUGCAGUCACGCUCCCGUCGACGCCUGCCAUCAUCCCAAACAUUCAGCAAGUGGCGGGGGUGACCCGUCCAGCCAUGCCCCAUGCAGCCACCCAGGUGCGGGUGAUGACUCCUGUGACGGGAGGCUUGGCGGCUCAGCUCGCAGGGCCUGUGGGACUCCAGGGUGUGUUGGCGCAGCAUCAGAGACUCGUCACGCCACGACCCACGACAACGGUGGUGGGGCCAGGGACCAAGAGCCUGCUGGUUGCCAAGACGACCAACCUGACAACGGCGCUGUCUCCAGCCACGAUGGGGACCAUUCAGACCAAGGCAGCCACUCCGAUCGUGGCCAGGACCCCCGUGACGGCGCUGAAGGAAAAACGCACUUACUCCUCGCUCAGGGAUGACGACGACAUCAACGACGUCGCUGCCAUGGGUGGAGUGAACUUAGUGGAAGAAAGUCAGAGAAUCCUUGCAUCGAACGCUGAGAUUGUGGGCACUCAGAUACGGUCGUGCAAGGAUGAAAACUUUCUCUUCACAAACCCCCUGCAGAGGAGGAUCACAAGUGUAGCCGUCAAGUAUGGCAUCGAAGAGAUCCCGUCCGAUGUGGUUGCCCUCAUCUCCCACGCCACGCAAGAGCGGUUAAAAUCGCUGGUUCAGAAGCUGGGAAUCGUUGCUGAGCACCGGCUGGAAAACAUCAAGUCAAUCGGCAGAGAGGAGGUCGGUAGCAAUCACAUCCAUCAAAAUGUACAGAGAAGAAGCAGACACAAGAGUGACUCUCGGUACGAAGUGACCCAAGACGUCAAAGCACAGCUCAAGUUUCUGGAGGAAUUGGAUAGGUUAGAGAAGAAAAGGCACGAAGAGCAAGAGCGUGAAAUCCUUCUUCGAGCUGCAAAGAGCCGCUCAAAAAUGGAGGACCCAGAGCAGCUGAAACUAAAACAGAAGGCAAAAGAGAUGCAAAAAGCAGAAAUGGAGGAGAUGAGGCAAAGAGAAGCGAACAUGACUGCCCUUCUGGCCAUCGGCCCCCGGAAAAAGUUGAAGACGGACAACAGUGCAGGCGCUGGGACUGGUGUUGGAACAGGAACUGGCCUCAGCAACUCCUUCUCUAAACUUCCGAUGCGGCCACGGGUGAAGCGCGUCAACCUGAAAGACAUUCUGUUUCUCAUGGAACAGGAACGCGAUAGCAUCCAUAGCACACUCCUCUACAAGUCCUAUCUCAAGUAGAGGGUGGCACGUGUGCAUUUGCACAUUUAUUACAUACACACAAAGUGGCUUUUCCCAAAAACCCCCAACUCUCGGUGAAGCGUUUGCACACUCUUUGAAAAAAAAAAGAAGAAAAAAAAAAAGGGAAAAAUAUCUGUCUUCACUGCCCGUCCUCGGUUGUGUCAGGGGUCUCCUGGCACAUCCUUUUUUUCUGUAAUUAUUGUUUAUUUGAUCAUGGCUAGUCAGCCAUAUAACUCUGAAGUAUUAAUGCUCCUAAUUAGUGGUUUUCUAAAAUUGUUUAGAGUAUGGUACAAUAGGAAAUUCUGGUUUGUAAGAUGUCUUGUACAGUCUGUAAAUAUUUAAUUUCUAACAGUACAUGUAUAUUGACAAUUUUAAUAGAUGUUUCACUUGCUGAGCUGGAGUGGCACAAAACUGCCGGGGGUUGUGACAUCGAUAUCAAUGCAUGGGCCUAAUUUGAGUUCAAAGACAGUGAAAUAUGAGUUUGACACAAUUAAUUGUAUUGUUAUGAUUCCUUGAACACCUUCCUAUCAUUUGAGGUUGCCUGUAAUCUGUGGUUUCAUGGAAGUGUUGUUUCACAGUGCACACCUAAGAUAGUACCAACAUUAUGUCAGACACUUCAAGAAAUUUUGUGUCUCGGCAGUGGUGGGGGGCCGCAAAGAAAUGGUGUGAUGUCCAGUGUCGGAUAGUUUUGCACUCCACUCGCUCGAACUAUGUUCCCUUAAAUGAGUUAGCAAAGACAAAUUUAUGUACAGUGUUCACGAGGCCUAGGACAAAGCAGAAGGAUGUGUACAUCUCUUUGGUUUGUCCUCUGCUUCAAGUGUACUGUCAGUCAAAAUUGGCAUUAGCUAAGAUUGGUGAUAAUUAGCUCCUAAAGGCUGUUUGGAUGCUGGUGUCUUUUUUUUUACCCCUGAAGAAAAAGGUGUACCUGGGGGUUCUGUAAAUUUUGUUGACAUGGAGAGCAUAGUGACUAACUGUUGCAACUUGAGGAAGAGCAGGCAUAUGAGGAUGCAGGGAGCGCGUCUGCCUCUUUCCUCGCAUGUUUGUUCUUGCUCAAGAGGAAAUUUUUUUUUUUUUUUUAGAUCUUGUACUAGUGCAAGUUUCUCUCUACUUAGGUACUACAUGUGCUUUUUUUUUGUUUCAUUUGUUUGAAGCUUUGUAUAUAUGUCAAUAUUUGAAUGUACUCUUGUUUUCUUUUAUGCAUUGUCAGAUAUUUUUUCUUCUGCAAUUUUUUUAUGCUGUCAUUGAUUCUGUGAUAAGACGUGUAAAUAAUGCAAGAGUGUGCAAAAAAGAAGGAUGAACUAAGGUUCCGUGAAAUUGUUUUCCACAGUGCUGUUGUAAACUGGUGCGGCCUGUGAGGGAUGUGCAGACUGGUUAGUUGGGUGGUUGGUUGGUUGUACUAUCUCAUUUUCCGUGUAUUCUGUUUGAAACACAAUUUGCCACUUCAUUAUGCAUUGGGUGCUGUCCACAGGCAUUUUCAUCAGCGCAGUGUCUGUCGUAGGUAAUAUUGAUUGUGUCAAGCUUUCUCCCAUCAUGUAACUGGUGAAAUGGACACUGCUUGUAAAUAUCAUUUUUGUGCUCUGUCUACACGUAUCUACACUGUACAUGUAAGUAUGCCACAAGCAUAACAAAAACUUGAUUUUAGUUCACUGGUGAAAUCAUGUUUACCUUUGAUACCAGAUAGUUACCUUAUAUUUGAUAGUUGCCUGUAAAUUACGGAGAAAUAACCUUAUGUAUGCACAUGUUUCAGGAUAUAUUUAAUAAGAUUUUAUUGUUGGAUGGGACAAUGUCGUCCAAAGAAAUUUGUAAUUACUGUGUUUUCAAAGUGUACUGUAGCUGCAAUGGAACCUUUUUAUGCUAAAGUCGUUUCAGCAUCAGAAGACCAUGGAACCCUGAACUUUCUGAAUGGUUUUUAAAAUCAUUAAAAGAGCAAGAGAAGUCCUUGCUGUUCUCAA